AUGUGGCUACUCUUGGUGUUGGCAACGUUCGCUUCGGCGACUCCCGCCCUCGGCGAUUCGUUCAUCUCCGACGUCGGCAAAGCGUUGAAGAGGAUCUCUUCUUCAAAAAAUCCAUAUUCGCUCGUCCCGGGGAUCAGGUUCGAUCCCCGUCCGAAGGGCCGUUCCAGGCAAAGGCGGCACUUCACCAUCCUCGAUUCCGCGGAAGAAGUCUUCACGAACCACGACCUCGUCUGGGAAGUCGCUCCGGGCUUGGAGAUCAGGAUCUACGAGGCGGACGAUGGACGUUUCCUCAUCAACGCCGGACCGAGCAAAAAAAAUGAUGGGGCAAGCAGGACUUUCGGGGUGAUGAGGAGGAUGAAAAUGGCCCUGCUGCCGAUCAUGUUCAAACUGGGCGUGAUCACGACACUCCUGAUGAUGUUGACUGUAUUCGCUUUAAAAGGGUUGACCAUAGGGGUGAUCCUUCUCAUAUUCACGACGGCAGGGUUUCUCAGCAAGUUCAAAGUUGCACACCAGGACCCGUGGGGCUUCCAGAAAGACGUCCAUCUCCAUGUCCACGGAGGUCAGCACAGCCCACACUACGAACACCCCUGGGACCGAGAUGGUUAUAUGAAUUAUAAUUACAACAGGCCGAUACCUGAACAGUCACACCGAUCCCCAUGGGACCCGUAUAUAUCUUAAAUCAUUACAAGUUACUAAUUCCUCAUUUAUCAACUCGGAUUGACUUUUUUUAACUGUCCACACUGGUUCCUAGAGAUCUCGUUUAUCUAAUCUCAUAUUUUAAACCAGACCAAAUUCCUUUCGUUUUGGCAAUGCAACUGGAACUCAUUCGGUAUUCGAGACGAAGCUGAGACUUUGAAAGUUAACCCAUAAUUCCAAAUUGAACGUAAAUAAAUAGAAAUCCUCGUUGUUGUUUAAGAAUAACAAAUACGGUGGGCCCGUUCGUACAGGUGGUGCCGUUGAGUUUAGAAUGUGACCUAGAAAACGUGGGAGGAAUUAAAAAAAUUACACUUCCUCCUUUUUGUUCCCAGCUCAGCUCAUGCUAAUCUUUACCGCGUAUGUCGAAUGAUAUCGGCGACCUAAUUUCAUGAAGUUUUUACGCAAAAAAAAAGUGCUCUUUUUUUUCAAUUAUGAUUUUAUUACUAUCGAAAAAACAUUAUCGUGUUUUCAAUGAUUAUUCAUUAAAAUAUUGACAUUUUCAACAAAAUCGCAACGCUAAAUCAUCUAGCUAGCAUAAACCUUGGUUUAAUAUGAUGAAAUAAACUUCUUACAUCAUACAAAGUGAAAAAUAUACAAAUUCAAACAAAGUGCAAAAAAUGACGUCUUGACCGAUUAUAUAAUAAAAGACCAAAAAAUCACUGUUUUUAUCUUUAAUGUUUGAUUAAUGUCAAACAAAAAGUAAAAUAUUAAAAAGUUCUCCAUUUUGUUCAGGACUACUUCCAAACGGAGGUUAAAGUUGUAUAAGAGAAACUCGUCAUUACUGAUAAAAAAAUGUUUUGCCAAUAAUUUAUUUACGUAUUUUUUUGUCGAAUUGGCAUAGAAAAUGAAAAACACUUCCUAUAAUCGGCGAAUAAAUUCCAAGGAGUAAAUGGCGUGUGACUGGGCGAUUUCGACAAACUAAAGAAAAAAAUGACGUUAUUACUACAUUCACCUAUUUUUCCAGAAACGUUUCACGAUGAUUUCAACCAGCAGCAAGAGAUUGUUUCCACAAUUAUGUUUUUGUGAUUACUGAUCAUUUCCAAUGUUUUCAGUGUUUAGUUUUCCAGGUAGAUUGGAGCAUUUUAUUGUUCAAACUUUCAUCUCUCAUAACCACCAAUACUCAAUAAGCUCAUUUAUUUUAACUUUAUUUCCUGAGCAGUUUCCUGUACGGUUGUUGGUAGACUGGUACCAAUCAGCUAAUAUGCUAGACGAGAAGCUUUAAUUAGAUAGUUAUAGUGACUAUAGUGGUUUAGUUUAUUUAUUUAUGUAGAGUUUAAGUAACCAGUAUUACUCAUAACAAAAAUCGAGAAUUUGUAAUCCUUACCAUCUCAAUUUCAUUUAACAGGGCAUUCCAUUUGCUUUAUUUGUUUUGUUUUUUCCUAGUCGUAUUAUGCUAGGUCAUUUUGUACAUAUAUGUGAUUGUUUUUAAUAUUUUAGUAUGUCUAAAUUUAUUU